CAAUGGCCCAAUCUCCUUCACGUCACCUCCGACUUCUCAUUCAAAGGGGUACUUUGGGCGGCAGGUGGAGUUAUAAUUAUAGAUGAGGAAAAAGCUACAUCAGCAGCUGUUGCUUCUGUUUGUUCCCAGCUAUAACUGUCAUCAGUGGGCAAAUUGGCAUAAACAGGCCUCCACAAGUGGAAAAACAUUUAACUCCUGUACUUGUCACCCUCUGGGUCUUCUCGGUGGCCAGGGAAGGAAAGAAAAUCUGACUGUGCAUGAGUGAAGAGCGGAGCCGAACGCAACACCGACCUGAAGGCACCUCUUCAGGGGGAGCCUGAAAUUGGAAGAUUUUCUUUCCCGUCGGAGACUUGAAACCAAAGAAAUAGGUUAGUGCACAGAGAGUAUAUCUAUGCAUUUUAAUCCUGAUCUCUACUCUGUCUGAUCUUAAUUUUUCUGAUAGCCGAAAUAGAAGGGUGGAUGGUUAAAUGAAAAAAAAGUUGAGGACUGUUAUUUAAAAUGAUGCUGCCCACAAGAACAAAUUAUAAAAUGUGCUUAAUUUAUUAGGCUCCUCUCUCCCAGUUUUGACUGUACUCACAUUACACAGAUAGACAAGGUAAAAUGGAAAAACGAAACUGGCUGUGGCAUGAUUCCCGUCCUCUCGUAAUGCCACUUACUUAUGCCAAAAGUCCUGGUUUCUUUACUAAAAUCAGUGAUGCUGAAGGCUUAAGUUUGUGAAUAUAGUGCCAGAGUUUUAUUUCUUUAGGGAAACUAGGCAAAUUAGAAUUGGAUUGUUUUCCCACCUCUGAAGAAAGACAGAACAUCCUCCCGUUUAGAUAAAAUGUGGGUUGCAGGCUACUUUAUACGAGAAAUCUGCCCACUUCUACCUCAGACCUCCAUAAUUUCCAUCUAAGUAGCUCUGGAAGACUCCCCUCAGAGAUUCUUUUGAGACAAGAAAGAUUUCCGAGAAAUUUCAUUUUCUCUGUAUAUGCUCCCUGUUAGAAAGUGGUGGUGCAGGAUUUUCAAACAAAGAUUAGUUCGGGGCCGUCUCAGAACCUGAAUGUUUGAUGUCUUGUUGAAAAGCAAUGAAUGCCAGAGAACUCACUGAAACGAGGCAUAGGGGUCCAAUUCUCAUUCUACCCGUAUCUGUGGAACAGAUCCACGUGGAGAGAGCCCUAAAUAAUGGCCUUAUUUUGGUCGGCUCCAAACAGAAAGUGAACCUCCCUAAGCCUUUUACGCAUGACUUCCAAAGGGAAGUGCGCCUUCUGUACUAUCCCUGUGGCCCUGCCUUUUGAAACGUACAGAGUGUCAACCGUGCACUUGCAGCUCCGCUGGAGAGAUACCCACAUCCAACUAAAACCACCAAAAGUGACCCAUCAAUUAAAUUCUCUUAAGAGUCUUGCUUCUUUUCAACAGUAUCUCCUGAGUUCUCCGAAAAGAGCCAUUAAGUUCCCCUUACGAAAUUUAAGGGUGAAAUAAACACUUCUUUACAUACUGUAGCAGAUAAAGACCCAAACAGUAAGUAUGGCCAGUGCCUUUGAAAAUGUCAAUUAAUAUAGCGUAUCAGUACCCUGAAUCUUCCCGUGGGUUAGGAAAAUAACAUGACAGGUGAUUCUACAACAUAUUUCAUAUAUCAUAUUCAUUCGUUCGUUCAAAUAUUACUAAGUCAUGACUAUAAAACCUGAAAAUAAUAUUUAUAAAUUAAGCCGGGUUCUAAUAAUACUCUUUCCAGAGACUACUCUCCUCCCCUUUUCUACUAAAAGAUUUAACAUGGAGAUGUUGGUUAUCUCCAAAUUCCAAAUGGUUUAAACAGAGAAAGGCAAAAUGGGGAGAUGGUUGACUGGUGACCGGCUUGGGUUUCUUUGAGACACAGAUUUAUGUUCCAUCUUAAGCACUGCUUUUUACUUGUGUUUUGUCUUCUUGCUCUUCUAGAAAAAAAUAGAAAAGCUAUCCAAGAUGACUGUCACGUACUCCAGUAAAGUAGCAAAUGCGACUUUUUUUGGAUUUCAUAGGUUACUCCUCAAGUGGAGAGGCAGCAUCUACAAACUACUGUACAGGGAAUUUAUUGUCUUUGCUGUUUUUUACACGGCAAUAAGUUUGGUGUACAGAUUGUUACUUACAGGAGCCCAAAAACGUUACUUUGAAAAAUUAUCAAUUUACUGUGACAGAUAUGCUGAACAAAUUCCAGUAACCUUUGUGCUUGGGUUUUAUGUUACUCUGGUAGUGAACCGAUGGUGGAACCAGUUUGUGAACCUGCCCUGGCCAGACAGGCUGAUGUUCCUCAUCUCCAGCAGUGUUCACGGAAGCGACGAACACGGGCGCCUGCUCAGAAGGACCCUGAUGCGCUAUGUGAAUCUCACGUCCCUGCUCAUCUUCCGCUCGGUGAGCACGGCUGUGUACAAGAGGUUCCCUACGAUGGACCAUGUGGUUGAAGCAGGUUUUAUGACGGCAGAUGAAAGAAAAUUAUUUGACCACCUCAAAUCUCCUCAUCUGAAAUAUUGGGUUCCAUUCAUCUGGUUUGGAAAUCUUGCAGCUAAAGCCCGGAAGGAAGGUAGAAUCAGAGACAGUGUUGAUCUGCAAUCACUGAUGACUGAAAUGAACAGAUACCGCUCUUGGUGCAGCCUCUUAUUUGGUUAUGACUGGGUUGGGAUUCCGCUGGUUUACACCCAGGUUGUCACUCUGGCUGUCUACACCUUCUUCUUUGCCUGCCUGAUUGGACGCCAGUUUUUGGAUCCCACCAAAGGCUACGCGGGGCAUGACUUAGAUCUUUACAUUCCAAUCUUCACUCUCCUACAGUUCUUCUUCUAUGCAGGAUGGCUCAAGGUAGCUGAGCAGCUUAUCAACCCUUUUGGAGAAGAUGAUGAUGAUUUCGAAACCAACUGGUGCAUUGACAGAAAUCUGCAGGUCUCUCUUUUAGCUGUGGAUGAAAUGCACAUGAGCUUACCCAAGAUGAAGAAGGACAUUUACUGGGAUGAUUCUGCUGCUCGACCACCUUAUACACUGGCAGCCGCUGACUACUGCAUACCUUCCUUUCUGGGGUCAACAGUCGAAAUGGGACUGUCCGGGUCAGAUCUCCCUGGUGAGGAGUGGCUGUGGAGUUUCGAGAAGCACGGCCAGCGCCAUUCCAUGAUUAGAAGAGUCAAGAGGUUCCUGAGUGCCCACGAACACCCCGCCAGCCCCAGGAGGAGAAGCUAUGGCAGGCAGGCCAGUGACAGCUCCAUGUUCUUCCCCCCAAGUGGUGACGUCAGCCCAGCCAGAGAUCUGCUGGAUGUGCCCUCGAGAAGCCCCCACCGUGCCUCACCCGCCCAAAGGCAACCCUGCUCCCCAGAGGGGAACCCCAAGGCAUACUCCAGCCUGGGGGAGCUGUCCACGAUCAGAGAGACCAGCCGGACAAGCACUUUGCAGAGCCUGACUCCACAGUCGAGCGUGAGGGUCUCCCCCACCAAAAUGCCGCAGGUCCCCGAGGUACUGAUCACAGUGACCGAGGCACCAGUGCCCACAUCCCGUGACUCCACUGCCUCCAUCCAGAGUGCAGAGUUUACCGGGGUUGAGCCAAGCGGGACUGGACAGCAGGAGGUGCCUGUGGGAUUGAUUGCAUUCCCCUCAGAGAAAGGGACACCUCCUAGGGACCCCAGUCCUCAGACUAGUUCAGCCAAAGAUGAGAGAAACAUCCUCACGUUAGCCUCUGGGGAAGACCCUAAUGAUAAUGACAAGUUCCCCAAACGGUGGAGCCUCCCCGGUUUCCUGGCGUCCAGCCACGCCUCCCUGACAGGCCUAAGUCCAGAUCCCAUCAGUUCUGAGCCCGUUCUUUCACUUGACACAGAAACAUCCUCAGAGACCAGUGGAAUCAACAUUGUGGCUGGCUCGCAAGCCUCUCCUGAUGUGCUAUACUUACUGGAAAACCUGGACACCAAGGAAACAGACAUCGUAGAUUUUAAUAAUGAGCAAGCUGAGGCAUCAGCCAACGGAAUACCAGAAAGGUCUAGGACCUGGUUCUAGCCUAGAUUCUUACUUUCCCAGAAGUUCAGCAUUAGUUCCAGAACAUACCUAAGGACUGGUCAACUUUUUAAAAAGCCAUCACACUGUAUAAGCUACUUUUUAAACUGAAGGGCAUUAUGAUCCUGAGUGUCUGAGAACUGAGAAAACCAAACACAUUCACAUCAUCCAUUACAAGGUGACUUUCAUAUAAGUUACACAGACCACAGUGACAUAUCUUAACCAAAUAAGGAAUCUUAAAUAUAUAUACAUAUAUAUAUACAUAUAUAUAUGACUUAUAAUUCAUAGAUUGCUAGCUUUGUAGAUAGAUAGUCCAGUCUCCUGAUUUUGCCUAUAGGGAGACAAAGGAGUCUCUCCUCCCCUCCUUUUUCUUUUCUUCUGCGCUUCAAUUAUAAACAGAGGGAGCUGGGUCACACAAUGCCUCAAAAGCCCCUUCCUAAUUCCGACUCUUUGAGGCUUUCUGUCUCACUCCUUUCUAGAAUUAUUAUCACUUCUUGAUUCGUAAGCUCUAUCAGCAUCACAACCUCCAUCUCCCUUCAAUUUCCUUUUCUCUGUUUUCUUUUUAUUCUCUCAUCCCUUCAUCCUUCCCUUCUACUCCGUCCCUCCUUUCAAGUGGUAAUAUUUUCUCUUGCUAUCUCUGCUGCUUACAUCUUGCCACAGUUUUCAAACCAUGAGGUGUUGGCAAUGCCUCCUACGGGGCGAUCAAAGAUGUCUGACACAUGCCAGCCUCCUAGUGGAAGGGGUGUGGGAGCUGAUGGCACCCCACCACACCCUCGGCCGCCAUUGCUGUUCUUUCCAUAUCCACUCUUUGGUCUUGAACAUUGGAGAAAAACUGGAAGGACAAGGAACCUGAAUAACCAAAUGAUAUGGAACCGAAGAAUAACAAGGCUUGAGUGUGUUUAACUUGAACUCUUAAAGCAAAAAUCCCAAUCAUGUCCCAAUCUGGGUCCAGUUACCAUAUCUUCCAGGUUGUUUGGCAUGAGGUAGGAUCUCGGAGCUGGGAGGUUAAGGGGGUCCAGGACUGCACAAUGCGAUGGGAUGUUGACCACCUCCCUCCAAAGGGUUGUGGGGGUUGCAAUUGGCUGGGGCCUCCAACUUUGUCUGGAAGGCCAUGUCUUAGGAGUACUGCUGUCACUAUUUCUGUUGAAUGAUGAGGCUCGACUACAUAUGACUUACGAAAUAAAGUAACCCUAGUUGCUACCCUUUAUCAAGUGCUCAAGUCCAGGCAGCAGUGCGUAAAGUUCACAGAGAAUCUCACUAAUCCUCACAGGAAUCCUAUGGGUCAAUAUACUAUUCUCACCAUCUUA